AGGGAGAGAGAGGGAUAAACAGGAAGUCAGGGAAAGAAAUGGAUAGAGAGAAAUAGUGAUGGAGUGAGAGUGGAAGAGAUAAGAGGGAAGGGAGAGAGCGGGGCACAGAAAGUUACAGAAAGGGAUGAAUACGGACAGAACAAAGGAUGGGACAUUUCCUCUGCUGAUCCCUACCACCUCGUCUAAUUAUCUCCUGCAGAUUACCUCAAUCCACUCCUAGAGAGAAACCUGCAUUCCGCUGGCUCACAUCUGCAUUGAGGAUUUACAAGACAGCCCUUCAUCAUACAGCCUUCCCAACCUAGGAACCUGCAACACUGAUCCGGGACCCACCAUGCGUGUUCUGCGCUGCACUGAAAGCUGAAGACGUCCCAGCACUAAUAAACCGGUUGAGCUGUCCCUUUAAACUGGCAUUGUCCCUUUAACCUGGUAUUGCCCCUUUAACGUGGCAUUGCCCCGUUGACCUGACAUUGUCUCUUUACUUUGGCAUUACCCUUUUAAUUGGGCAUUUAGCCAUUAACUUGGUAUUGCUAUUUUAAUCUGUCAUUAUCCAUUUAACCUGGUAUUGUCCCUGUAACCUGGCAUUUCCACUUUAACCUAGCAUUUCUCUGUUAACCUGGUAUCAUCCUUUGCCUUUGAACUGGGCAUUUUACUUUUAAUUUGGCCAUACCUUUUUAACUUUGCAUUGUCCAUUUAAAUUGUCAUUGCCCCUUUAACCUAGCAUUGUCCAUUAAACUUUUCAUUACCCCUUUAACCUGGCAUUGUCCCUUUAACCUGGCAUUACAGCUGCCAUAUUCUACACUUUAGUAAUAAGAAGGCACAGACAUGGCCCUUAUAGCUCAACUGUGUUUAUGCUUGUCAGGACUUUCUUUGUCUUUUGGGCAGGAUGGAGCUGGCUGGGGCCAGAUGAUCCAAUGGGAAGAUAGUGGAAGGCGUUAUCGGCUCCUGAAUUCUGGCCAAGAGUACCAGCCGGCAGGGGAAAGUGCUGGAGGAACUCGAGUUUUGCUGGAUGGAAGUCGUGGAAGCGGUGUGGAUCUUCGCCGCCAGGCACCCACAUUGCCUCGAACUGGAUCGCAGACAGUGAGGGGCAACACUCGUCAUCCAUUUGGCUUUGGACAGGUGCCAGAUAAUUGGCGAGGUGGGAGUGAAACAUCAAGCACGUUGGGUCGCUUUGGUGAAACGGCGAGCACGUCGAGUCGCUUUGUACCUUCCACAGGGACUGGUGGUGGAGGGGGGAGUAGAAUACGGCAAACUUACUCCCAGAAUUCGGUAGGACCUCCAUUUUUACCAAGACCUCAGCCUCCUUUUGUAGCGCAACCUGAUUUUUACCCACAAGGCUAUGAAGAAACGUAUAGCUAUUCUAGGGGUGGAGUAGGGGGAGGUGCAGGUGGUGGAGGUGCAGGUGGUGGAGGUGCAGGUGGUGGAGGAGGUGCAGGUGGUGGAGGUGCAGGUGGUGGAGGUGGAGGUGGUUAUGUCGCACAGCCACCUUGGGGAGGAGCCUAUGAAGAUUUCUAUGAGGAACCAAAUCCACCAUAUGCCCAACCGCCUUAUUUUGGGGUCCCCCCUAACUUACCUCCUCAGCAACCAGCAGUUGCCAAUCCCGUUGUGCCACAGGAUGGACUUGACCGCCGUUAUUCCCAUAGCCUCUUUCGAGGAAGUGAUAUUCCAGCAGAAAGUGAUCCUGUCCGACCAGGUGUAGGAACUGGGGCUGGUGAAGCAGCAAUCCCGCCAUAUGGAGGAGUGAGUCAGGGUGAAGGAGGUUACUAUGGAGCACAACGACCAGAUGUUUUCCAACCGCAGAGCCGGGUAGCCAGUGCUCCAAACAGUGGAAGUGAAUCACAAGGAGGACAACAAGCAAGAGUCAGCGCUGGGACUGUUUUUCGUGGCGGUCAGAGUGGAAGAGGACUUCCUGAUUUGGUCCCUGAUCCAAGUUAUGUUCAAGCUGCAACUUAUGUCCAGCGUGCUCAUUUAUAUUCACUACGCUGUGCCGCUGAGGAGCGCUGUCUCUCCAGCUCUGCAUAUGCAGCGGACACUUCAGAUUAUGAUGUCAGAGUUCUGCUUCGAUUUCCACAGAGAGUGAAGAACCAAGGAACAGCAGACUUUUUGCCUACACGACCACGCCAAGCAUGGGAGUGGCACAGCUGUCAUCAACACUAUCACAGCAUGGAUGAGUUCAGUCAUUAUGACCUACUGGAUGCAACGACAGGGAGAAAAGUUGCAGAGGGACAUAAAGCUAGCUUUUGCUUAGAGGAUACAACCUGUGACUUUGGGAACCUCAAGAGAUAUGCAUGUACCUCACACACUCAAGGUUUAAGUCCCGGCUGUUAUGACACAUACAACGCAGACAUUGACUGCCAGUGGAUCGAUAUAACUGAAGUGAAGCCAGGAAACUACAUACUCAAGGUUGUGGUGAAUCCUAAAUAUCUAGUGCUGGAGUCAGAUUUUACCAAUAAUGUGGUGCGCUGCAAUAUCCACUAUACAGGACGAUACGCGUCAGCCACAAACUGCCGUAUCACACAGUUCUGAGCAAAACUUUGAAGAUUAUUAUCUGUGGUGGAUUUCACUGACAAAAUCUCCAUCCUUCCCUCCCUCUCUCCCUCUCAUGAUAAGCACACUAGAUUUCAUAUUAAUACUUGUGUAAAAGUGCCUUGUGGUUUGACCAAUAAAAUAAAUUCUGUAAUUUUUUUCUCAA